AAAAUAAUUUGUUAACUUUUCUUCUUGAAAAAAAUCAAUCCUCUCUCAUUUGAGGAGUGAAAUAAAAUUAGGAAGCUAAAAUCCCUAACACUCUUUGUAAAAUAAAUUGAGCAGCAAACCGGAGAAUCGCGUAUCAAUGGAGAAGACGGCGGCGGAGGAAGAAAGCACCAUUUACCCGAACAAAGCACUUACCAAUACCAGAUUCUCCGACCUCGAACCCGCUUUAUCCAAACCGGUAAUCGAAGUUCUAAACCAGGCCGGUUUUCAUCACUGUACACCGGUUCAAGCCGCUACAAUUCCUUUACUAUGUAGUUAUAAAGAUGUUGCCGUUGAUGCCGCCACCGGUUCAGGGAAAACCCUAGCUUUUGUUGUUCCAAUUGUUGAAAUUCUCCGUCGUUCCAUCACUUCACCUCCUAAACCGCAGCAAGUGCUGGGAAUUAUAAUCUCUCCUACUAGAGAGUUGUCAACACAAAUUUAUAAUGUUGCCCUGCCUUUUAUCUCAACACUUUCAAAUGUAAAGCCAAUGCUUCUUGUUGGAGGAGGGGAGGUGAAAGCAGAUUUGAAGAAGAUAGAGGAUGGGGCAAAUGUUUUGAUUGGGACACCAGGAAGGUUGUAUGACAUAAUGGAACGUGCAGACGUCUUGGAACUCCGUGACCUUGAGGUUCUGAUUUUGGAUGAGGCUGACAGGCUUUUGGAUAUGGGGUUUCAGAAGCAGAUAAAUUACAUAAUUUCACGUUUACCUAAGCUCCGUAGGACGGGUUUGUUUUCAGCUACUCAGACUGAGGCAGUUGAGGAACUUUCUAAAGCUGGAUUGAGGAAUCCAGUGAGGGUUGAAGUUCGAGCUGAAAUAAAAUCGUUUGAUGGUAAAUCUGUAAGGGAAAAUACUUCCAAAACCCCGUCAGGCCUACAUAUUGAGUACCUAGAGUGCGAGGCUGACAAGAAAUCGUCCGAGCUUGUUAACCUCCUUGUCGAAUACAAAUCCAAAAAGAUCAUAAUCUACUUUAUGACUUGUGCUUGUGUUGAUUACUGGGGAGUCGUUCUUCCACAGCUCUCUGUUUUGAAGGGUCAUUCACUGAUUCCACUUCAUGGGAAAAUGAAACAAAACGCCAGAGAGAAAGCUUUAGCUUCAUUUACAGAUCUUUCAAGUGGUGUUCUUCUUUGCACUGAUGUUGCUGCUCGUGGAUUGGAUAUACCUGGGGUUGACUGCAUUUUGCAGUAUGAUCCCCCACAAGAUCCAAAUGUAUUCGUUCAUAGAGUUGGGCGAACCGCUCGUUUGGGGAAACAGGGGAGUGCAAUUGUCUUUCUGUUGCCCAAGGAGGAAGCAUAUGUUGAAUUUCUGCGGAUAAGGAGGAUUCCUCUUGAGGAGAGGAAGUGCUCUGAUAAUUCUCCGGAUAUUAUUCCUCAGAUAAGAUCCGCUGCAAUGAAGGACCGUAAUGUAAUGGAUAAAGGACUCAAAGCCUUCGUUUCUUUUAUUCGCGCAUACAAGGAGCAUCAUUGCUCUUACAUUUUCAGGUGGAAAGAACUGGAGGUUGGGAAGUUGGCAAUGGGGUAUGGGUUAUUGCAACUACCUUCAAUGUCGGAAGUGAAGCUCCACUCACUGUCAACUGCAGGCUUUAUUCCAGUCGAGAAUUUGAAGUUGGCAGAGAUCAAAUAUAAGGACAAAUCUCGUGAGAAGCAACGGAAAAGGAAGUUAUUGGAGAAACAGUCCGAAGAAAACCAAAAUCCAAAACCCCGGAAGCCCAAACCCGCUCCAGAUCACAAGACUGCUGCUAUGAAAAAGCAAACGGCAAAGAAAAGACGUGCCGUUAAGACUAAGGAAGAUGAAGAUGAGUUAACUCAGGAGUACCGGCUUCUAAAAAAGUUGAAAAAAGGAGCUAUUGGCGAAGAAGAAUAUGCAAGGUUAAUGGGAGCUGAUGAUUUGCUUGAUUGAAUAGUCUAGAGACACUGUAAGUCGGCAUGAACCAACGGUCUGCUGUUACGAAGGUUAUUGAUUUUGAGAGGGAUGCCACUCGAGAAGGAUUGGUUCGUCAUGGCCAAUGAAGAUGUUGGCUAUUUCUAAAUUAAUGGACCCAUUUAGCGAAUUAGAUCACAUUCAAGUGUUUAAGAAAUAUUCGGGGAACUCACAUUAUAGCUUCAAGAACAAAGAAGGAAAAAAAUUCACUUUAGCAAGGUAAUCCUGACGUUAAUCUGAUCUUAUUAUGUUGAUAGCGGGUUUCAACAUUUUGAUCUGUGUUAAUGGGUUUGGUUUUGUAUUUAUUCAAAACGCCCUUCGAUUGGAAGGUAGAAUCAAGUAGUUUAGAUUCAUGGUUUUUAGAAGUCAACAUCUUCUGUUACUACAUUGUAGUUCAUAUACAGAUGUCCGAUAACGUUAGAUACCGAUAAAAUUAGAUUCGUAAUUCUUUAA